CAAAGUCUUUCAAGACUCAAGGCAAGGCAGCUGGGUUUUCAGAACAUCUCACCAUGUGAACUAGGAAGAACUAUCCUAAGUCUUCUGAAUUAAAACUGAGACUCAAUCUACAUUGAACUUCCUCAGAAAGGAAUCAUGAACAUUGAAGCAUAUUUUGAAAGAAUUGGUUAUAAGCACUGUAGGAACAAAUUGGACUUGGAAACAUUAACUGACAUUCUUCAGCACCAGAUCCGAGCCAUUCCCUUUGAGAACCUUAACAUCCAUUGUGGGGAAGCCAUGGAGUUGGGCUUAGAGGCCACUUUUGAUCAAAUUGUGAGGAGGAACCGAGGUGGGUGGUGUCUCCAAGUCAAUCAUCUUCUGUACUGGGCUCUGACCACAAUUGGCUUUGAGACCACGAUAUUGGGAGAGUAUGUAUACAACACUUCAGCAAACAAAUAUAGCAAUGCCAUGAUUCACCUCCUGCUGAAGGUGACCAUUGACGGCAGGAACUACAUAGCUGAUGCUGGAUUUGGAUGCUCUUACCAGAUGUGGCAGCCUCUAGAGUUAAUUUCUGGGAAGGAUCAGCCCCAAGUGCCUUGCAUCUUCUGCUUGACAGAAGAGAGAGGAAUCUGGUACCUGGACCAAAUCAGAAGAGAGCAGUAUAUCCCAAACCAAGAAUUUCUUAAUUCUGAGCUCUUGGAAAAGAAUAAAUAUCGGAAAAUCUACUCUUUUACUCUUGAACCUCGAACAAUUGAAGACUUUGAGUCUGUGAAUAUAUACCUUCAGGAAUCUCCAGCAUCUGUCUUUACAAGCAAGUCAUUUUGUUCCUUGCAGACUCCAGAAGGUGUUCACUGUUUAGUGGGCUUCACCCUCACCUACAGGAGAUUCAAUUAUAAGGACAAUACAGAUUUGGUAGAGUUUAACACACUGAAUGAAGAAGAAGUAAAAGAAAAUCUAAAAACUAUAUUUAAUAUUUCCUUGGAGAAAAAGUUUGUCCCCAAACAUGGUGAUAAACUUUUUACCAUAUAG